AUGGACAUCCAGGUGAAGGCUGGGUCCUGGAUUGCAGAUGUGCAGAGGCAGGCGGGCGCCACCAUCUACAUCACUCUGGCGCUGGUGACCACCUUCCUCAUCGCCCGGCUGAUCGCUUCGUGGAGCGAUUAUUUCAAGCAGAAGCUGCUUAAGCAAAUAUAUAAGCCUAAGGAGUCUUAA